AUGGGAGAUCACACUGGUGCAGAGGAAACGCCUUUGGCGUCAGCGCCAACACGACAGCCGCCACCAGCACCAACGCGCCCGCCACCGGUGGCGCCGUCCUAUGUGCGGCAGGUGGAGAUUACAGGUGUGGAGCGACGCUCAAAGCCCACAAAGCAUUACGCUUAUGUCAUCCGCUUACAUUGGAGCAAUGGCAAGCACACCACCGCCGUCAGGAGCCACAACGAAUUCUUUGACUUUCACUGUGGGCUGUUGACCAAGUUUCCACUUGAAGCCGGUGAACAGGACAAGCCUCGCACCUUGCCCGUGCUUCCAGGCAAGUCUGCGCAAAGCAAGACCGAGGAGAAAGCCGCCAAAUUCGUGCAGAGCGUCGAAAGCUAUUGCGUAUCCCUCCUCUCCAUGCCCCCAAAUGUUUCACGGGAUGCAGAUGUGCUGCAGUUCUUCCAGCCGACACGAGCGGACUUUGCGUUUGAGGAUCUGGAGCGUACGCUCGGUGUACAGCCUUCCGUGUCGCGUGGAACGGAGGUGGGCAGGACGGCAACCUGGCCCGCAGCCUCAUCGUCGUCGUCAUCGUCCUCGCCCAAUGGCCGCAAUCAACCGCAUAUGGGCCACGACAGAGACGCGCAACGAAGGAGCAGCAUCGAUGCAGCUAUUGAGGCUGCUUCGUCCAUCGCCGACGCCACGGCCACUGCAGACUGCAUUUCAGGCGAUGAAGUGGACCCGUCUCGAGCCAACUUGCUGCUUGUGAAGAACCGGCUUCCGUAUUGUAAGGGGGAAGUGCUGCAGGUCGUGCGCAUGACCGAUUGUCCAGGUGGCCACUGGUGGUGCCGGAACAGAGAAGGCGUCGAAGGUCACGUGCCAUCAUCAGACUUGGCGGUGGACCUGGCCGCUGUGGAAGAACAGACGCGCCGCCUGACAACUGGAACAGAACAGCAGCAGCGGCAGAAGCAGCGGCGCCCACACCUCCACUCCACCGAAUCCCAAACCAAGCUCACCACCGUCUAA